GAGCGACAUAUCUUUUGUGUACAUAUAGUUUGUCAGUUCGAUAUUUUUAUACUUGAAUGAAAAAUGAUGGCAUAUUGUAAAGAGAUCAUUUCAUUUCUUCUUCUCCAGUCGUUACUUAUUAAUUUCUCCUUGUGCAACAUCGUAAAACGAAAAGCACCAGAAGGAAAACUUUACGUAUUUUCAAAAAGAGAAGGAUGUGUAUCAGUACAAAGUGAAAGUCCUUGUACAUUAAACUGGAAAUUGAAUCCAUACAUCGCCAAACUUUACACACAGAAGAACAAGGUCAUUUCACAUGCACUCAAUUACUACGCUCAACUUGGCAUUUCAUAUUUGUGCAGAAAUGCUCUUAAAGAAGCCUUAUGUUCACAAUGGACCCCAAGAUGUUCAGAAAGCGAUUACAGUCGAGAUUAUGGUGAUGUUACAAGGCUGUGUAACAACGUUUACUCUCGUUGUCCUUCAAAUAUCGUAAAUGCGUUGAAGAACCAAAAAUUCUGCAAGAUUCUUAAAAAAGGCAGACAUUCAAACGGUCAGUGUGUUGCGAAUACUGCACCCAUCAGUGGUGCUUGUCCGCAGCCAAAGUAUAAGAUGACGUCGUGGCUCCUUGAAGAAUAUCGAAAAACUUCUGUAAAACUCCAGCCAGCUUUGAGACGUCUUCGUAAUCAGCGAUACCGUGAUGGUAGAAGGAUUUAUUCAGAUUCAUGUGUGUCACAAAUAACUGAAAUUGAUUGUGCAGCAGUUUAUUGCUCAGCAAAUGAAACUGAGCUCUUGGUAAAAAUGGAUAGUAAUGAUUGUCAUCAGGUUAUCAGUGACUGUAUCGACGAACCAUUCAGAAGAUUGUCACAGUCGUCGAGUACUUGGAAUGUUUUGAAUACUUUGAGAAAUCAACUUAAAACGAAUUGUGACAAUUUUGCUGCGCCCUCAUCCGACUUGAGACCUGAGCCUCCACGGAUUUACAAGAAAUCACCUACAAAAAAAAGUGAAGAUAAACCAAAACCAAGUGCUAGAAGAAACACACCAACAAGUACUGGAAACAGAGAGCACAAAGCCAUUGGAAUCUUGCCCAUCGUCUUUUUUACCCUUGUAAAUAUGAUUUUAAUUGCUUGAGCUUGAGAUGAAUCAAACGUUUUUUAUAUUCAUAUAUAAUCCAAAAAACUUCAUAUAUAGUUGAUGCAGUAUAGUAAUACUUGGUGUUAGACUGAAUUAUAUUUGCAUGAUUUUUCAAUUUUUACAGUUAUUAGCCAUUUUGCAAGGUUCUUCUUCAUGAUGAUUGCAUUUGUUGUUUUCAUGUCUUAAAUGCACUUAUAAUAACAAACGUAAGAGUAAGAAUAUUGAUGUCUCUUUAUGCCAAAUGAAAUUGUGUGUCCGUAAAAAGUACAAAUCCUUGUACAUUGAACUGGACAUUGAAUGAAAACGUAGCAAAAGUUUAUGAACAACAAGAUGCGAACCAUCUCAAUCUUUAUGCUUAGUUAUAAACAUUUUUUUAUACAGUUUAAAAAAUAAAGUACUUCAGUAUUUAUGACGAAGUAUAUAAAUUUGCUAAAAACAGCUUGAGAGAUAUAGCAAUAACUUUAGUCAAGGACAAA